CCUUGAAGAAAGCUCCAUUCCAAAUGGAUGCACUGGAGUUUCUCAAAUUCUCCACCUCCACUACUGUCAAGUUUGUAAGAAGCAUGCAAACUAUCUCAAGCCACUGGUGGGCAUGAAGUGAACGUUCCCUCAUCAUUUAAAUUCAAGUUUUCAUUGUAGAGAGCAGUCAAGUCAGGUCAACAGGAACAAGAUGACAACAUACACAGAUAAAGGCGAAAAGCAUGAGCGGGGCCAGUUCCUCUGCUUUGACCACAUAACAUUCUGGGUUGGAAAUGCUAAACAGGCUGCAUCAUACUAUUGUAAUAAGCUUGGAUUUGAGCCUCUAGCAUACCAGGGUUUGGAGACAGGUAGUCGAGAUGUGGUGUCCCACGCUGUCAAACAAGGCAAGAUCAUUUAUGUGUUCUCUUCUGCCCUCAAUCCUGGAAACAAAGAAAUGGGAGAACAUUUGGUCAAGCAUGGGGAUGGUGUCAAAGACAUUGCAUUCACAGUGAAGGACUGUGACUUCUUAGUGCAGAAAGCUCGUGAGCGAGGUGCAGUUAUUAUAAAGGAGCCCUACACCUUGGAGGACAAGUAUGGUAGAGUAAAGCUGGCUGUGCUUCAAACGUAUGGGGACACCACACAUACAUUUGUGGAGAGGACAGCAUACAGUGGACUGUUCCUUCCAGGCUUCCAUCCUCCUUUGUACCGAGACCCUCUCUUAGCCAAACUGCCAAGUGGAAAACUAAACUUCAUCGAUCAUGUUGUAGGAAAUCAACCAGACGAUGAGAUGGUUCCUGUGGUGGAAUGGUAUCAGAGAAACCUUCUCUUUCAUCGCUUCUGGUCGGUGGAUGACAAGCAGCUGCAGACAGAGUUCAGUGCCCUGCGCUCCAUUGUGGUGGCAAACUAUGAGGAGACUGUGAAGAUGCCCAUUAAUGAGCCUGCCAUUGGGAAGCGCAUGUCUCAAAUCCAGGAGUAUGUCGAGUACUAUGGAGGGCCGGGAGUGCAGCAUAUUGCCAUGAAUACAUCGGAUAUCAUCCCUGCAAUCCGUAACCUGAAGGAGCGUGGGAUGGAGUUUAUGUUUGUACCAGACACUUACUACGAACAGCUGAAAGAGAAACUGAAACACUCAAAGGUCAAAAUCUCAGAGGACCUGGAUGUUUUGCAGGAGCUGAGGAUCUUGGUGGACUAUGACGACAAUGGCUAUUUACUCCAGAUUUUCACCAAGCCAGUUCAGGAUCGCCCCACUGUGUUCUUGGAAGUUAUUCAGAGACAUAAUCAUCAGGGUUUCGGUGCAGGAAAUUUCAAGUCUCUUUUUGAAGCCAUUGAAGCAGACCAGGACGCCAGGGGAAAUCUGACUAUCAUGACACCAAAUGGAGAGUCAAAGCACAUGUGAAUCCAGCUCAGUGAUACAUCUGCUUUUCUCUCCAGGAUGCCUCUGUUCCCGUCACUCCGAGCUACAGGAUUUUAUUCUGAAGAGGCUCUACCUAGGGUCAUGUUUACAACAUAUACAAUAUAUUAAGUGCAAACUCUUCCUGAUA